ACGGUCCGUUAUUCGCAUCAGUUUAAGGUGGACUGCAGACACUUGUGACUCGCUCUAGUUCAUGUGACUGAUCCGCGAAGAGUCCACACCAACACCAUCCGUAUAGGACAGUGCACUGAAGAAUACAUAUCUGAAGUACCUUUAUUGAGGUUGGAGAUGGAGGCCUUUAAUCACAGAGUCAACACUUAUAUUGACUCAUGGAUGGGACUCAGGGAUGCACGGGUUCGGGGUUGGCUACUUUUGGAUGACUUCAUUCCUACUCUUGCCUUAACUUUUACAUAUCUUCUGAUUGUGUGGAUGGGACCAAAAUACAUGAAAAACAGACAGCCUUACUCAUGCAGAGCUCUGCUAGUGCCGUAUAACCUUGGCCUGACGCUGCUGUCUUUCUACAUGUUCUAUGAGCUGGUCAUGUCAGCGUAUCAAGGUGGAUACAACUUCUUCUGCCAAAACACCCACAGUGGAGGAGAAGCUGAUAACAGGAUGAUCAAUGUCCUCUGGUGGUAUUACUUCUCCAAACUCAUUGAGUUUAUGGACACUAUCUUCUUCAUCCUGAGGAAGAACAACCACCAGAUCACGUUCCUGCAUGUGUACCAUCACGCCAGCAUGCUGAGCAUCUGGUGGUUCGUCAUGAACUGGGUGCCGUGUGGCCACUCAUAUUUUGGUGCCACGUUUAACAGCUUCAUCCAUGUGUUGAUGUAUUCAUAUUACGGCCUCUCUGCUGUUCCAGCCCUCAGACCGUAUCUGUGGUGGAAAAAAUACAUCACUCAAGGGCAGCUGGUCCAGUUUGUUCUAACUAUGUUCCAAACAUCUUGUGCUGUGUUUUGGCCAUGUGGUUUUCCAAUGGGUUGGCUGUAUUUCCAGAUCAGUUAUAUGAUCACUCUUAUCUUUCUCUUCUCAAAUUUCUACAUAAAGACCUAUAAGGGACACGGCGGCUCUCGAAAGACUGAUUACUCUAAUGGAUCAAUACAUGGCCACUCUAAUGGGGUGACAUCCAGCGAGAAGGUGAAAUACAGGAAACCCCGCACAGAUUGAGAGCAGCUUGUCCACCAUUUAGUCCUGUUGUCCGUAUCUGUGUAACACUGUGAUCAAAGUGAUGUAGGUUUCCAUAGCAACAUAGAUAUAUGUAUAUCCACUCACCAAGCUAAGGCCAUUUAGUCUUUAAGAGAUUCAUAUUGAAUUACAAAAACAAGGGAUCUAGACAACAAUUAGGGUUCAAGUAAGCACAUUCCUCAGUCGUCUAUUGAGUUUUUUUUUAAUGAAUUAUAAAGAGGCUAACCUUAUUAAUGUACUAAUUUGCACUGGUCUUAACUAAGCUUGUUGUUUGUUGAUGUAAAGGAGAACGUAUCAGAGGAACUUAACAAAUAUACAGGAGUAUGCCACACUCCACUUUAGAGCAGUAUUAUACACAUCUGUAAAGAACACAGCAUUUCUUAAGAAUGAGCAUAGACAGUUAAUCUUAGAAUCAUUAGAAGAUAAUGAGAAAUGUAUAAAAAUGUAUUUAUAUAUAUAUAUAUAUAUAUAUAUAUAUAUAUAUAUAUAUAUAUAUAUAUAUAUAUAUCCAUUUUUGCUUUUGCUUUGGAUAUUGUUCAGUUAAAGGCCGACAACUUGACUGAUCGGGGUUCAAUUAAAUUAGAUUAUAUUAAACUCUUGCAUUCCAUCUGGAGUUUGAUGGUAUUUAUUUAGACUUAAUUCGAUUUUUUAAAACAUUUAAUUAUAUAUAUUUUAAUUUUUUUAUUAAAUAAACACAUUUCAUAUUAAUUUCACUAAUGUAAAACGUAAAAUUUAUUAAUCUGACAAAUUUAGAAAACAUGAUAUUUAUGUGAGGCUUUUGGAGCAUUUGCUAACAUCUGGCGAAUAUAAAUAAAUAAAUACAUGACAUGAAAUAACACUAAAAGCCAGUAGGUGGCCUCAGUGAUCCAUUGAUUUAGAUGGUCCUAGUCUCUGUAACCCAAUGUUGAAACAAAAUUAGUUUUGAGAUGUAUUUCACAAGUUAUGAAUUUGGAUAGUACUUCGACGUCAUCAAAGACUAUUAUUUGUCAAAUGUUUGCUUUGGAAAAAAAAACAUGUUCAGUUCUUGCAAAAAUGCUACAUUAUGCUUACAGUCAAACCUGAGGUAUUAUGAACAGAAGACAUAAACCAUUUUGUUACCCAUUUCAGACAUCAAAGCAUCAAAAUUCAAUAUCUCAAUAGAGUAAAUUAAUAAAAUGUCAAUAUAACAAACAUCAAUAAACAGAUAUGAACAGCAAUGAACAAUAAAUAACAAUACAAUUUGUGUACAAACUAAAGACUGCAAUGGUAAACUAUAACAUUUGAACUGUUUGAUCAGUUCAAAAUUUGAACUGAUUUCAAUUUUGUUGCUUGCAAAAUUUUCACUUUCAGUGACAUAAACAGCAAUAAUGUGGGGUCAGACUCUGGCUUUGAUCUGAGUGUGUGCGGGUUUGGGUGGUUUACGAGAAAAUUUAUGUGUGGGUGUUCCACAUUGUGACUGACUGGUUUGAUAAAUAAAAAAAGCUCUGUGUUAUAGUCUCACCCAUGCAUUUCCUGUGGAGGUAACAUUGAAAAAUAUAUAUAUAUAUAUAUAUAUAUAUAUAUAUAUAUAUAUAUAUAUAUAUAUAUA